AUGUUCCCUGGGCCUUUUAGAAAACAUGGAGCUGGCCACGUGCACAAGGGUCACCAGACAGGUGGUACUGCAGAAGAGGGGAAUGGGCACUGUUCAGUCCACCAGAGUUCCCAGGACAAAACUAGGAGUCACCCAGCAUGCAGGUGGCCUGUUGUGAACAAGCAAAUCAAGGGCGAGGUUCUUGUCAAGAGAAUUAAGGUGUGUAUCGAGCGCAGUAAAUUCUCUAAGAGCCCAGAAAGCUCCCUGAAACCUGUGAAGGAAAAUGGUCAUAAAAGAAGGAUGCCACAGAGAAAGGUAUGGGCUCAGCUGAAGCGCCAGCCUGCUCCCCCUGGAGAGGCUCUCAGUGAGCGCCAUGGAAAGGACGCUUUCCCCGUGAGUCCAUACUGCGACGGGUAG